AUGGUGUUUGAAGAGCAAUACGGCUUCUCAACUGGUAUCGCGGGUUUGACGUAUCUAGGUCUCGGUGUUGGCAUGAUCCUCGGUCUGUACGCCAAUCGUCUUACUGUUGAUAAGAUUGCAUCAAAACUCGCUGAACGCGGAACUCGCAAACCUGAGCACCGUCUACCGAUGAUGAUUUUCCUCGGACCACUAAUCCCCGCCGGUUUAUUCUGGUAUGGAUGGAGUGCACAGGCCCACACGCAUUGGAUCGUACCUAUCAUUGGCACUUCAUUCCUUCCUGCUCAGACAUACCUUGUGGAUGCCUACACUCGUUACGCCGCCUCUGCCAUCGCAGCGAAUACGCUUCUCCGGUCUAUCCUCGGUAGCAUGGUUCCGCUUUUCGGGUAUAAAAUGUACGAAAGCCUUGGACUCGGUUGGGGAAAUAGUUUGCUGGGGUUCAUUGCUAUUGCGUUUUUGCCGUUGCCUGUGCUCUUUUACAAGUUUGGUGAGCGGAUACGAAUGAGGACCACAGUAAAAUUAUGA